AUUAAAAACAAAAAGCCGAAACAGAAACAAUCAAAAGCGGAAAUAAACGCGCGAAAAACGCUAGCAAAACGCGCUGGAAACGCGACGAAAAGCAGCAGCGAAAAUUACAAAAGUCCAACAGCAACAACAACAACAACAAUAACAAGAGCAGCGCGUACGCGAAAGUUUUUGCCUAUAAAUGUACCAGGACAGCAGCUGCAGCAGCAGUAGUCGACGUGGCAGCGCAGCAACAGCAACAACAACAGCAGCAGCAGCAGCAGCAACAGCAACGACGACGGCAGCGGCGGCGGCGGCAACUGGGAACGAGGAGGAUAACUUUGAGGCGUUGACAAUAAUAACGACAACAACAACAGUAACAACGACAGCGGAUAUAGCCAAAGUGGGCGUGGGCGAGGCGACAACAACAACAGCAGGAGCAGGAGCAGCAACAGAAACAAGCGCCGCUGGCAGCUGCAACAACAGCGACGACGACGACGACGACGAAGACGACGAUAUCUAUACAUCAGCCGAUGCCGAAAUAGAUAUAGAGUGUAUAACAGCGCAGGGCUCACAAUUGCCGACGAGCAACAGCAACAACAGCCACAGCAGCGGACACAGCAACAACAGCAACAGCAGCAGCAGCAGCAGCUGCGGAAAUGCCGCGCUGUUCUGCAGCGCACGACAGCAACAGCAGCCGCAGUCGCAGCAGUCGCAGCAGCAACAGUUGCAGCUGCAGCAGACGCAACGUGCCGCCGCUGCCCUAAACGCCGAUGUGCGUUUGCUGCGUAAAAUCGGCUACAUUGCCUCGCGAGUGCGCUGCCUGGCCAAAUACUAUAACGACUUUCGCCUGGUCAAUCCGUACAGUGCGCAUCGACAGCGACGCCAGCUGCAGGAGAUAUUGCUGAAGCACUCGAUAUUCGAUCCGGGACGCGAACGGGAGCGUGCAUUGCUGCUGGCGGCGGCAGCGGCGGCAGUUGGUGCAGCGACAACAGCGGCAACAACAGCAGCAACGACAGCGGCAACGACAGCAGCAGCAAUUGUUAGUCGCAGCCAGAGCUGCAGCAGCAACAGCUUUGAGCCGCUGGAGGAGCAACCGUUGCAGCUGGACGCGGAGCUUGAUACAGAGCACGAGCGAGAGCGAGAGGAGCUGGCCAUAGCCACGGUGACAACGACAACGACAGCGACAGCGACAGCGACAACAGCGACAGCAACAGCAACAGUGCGACGCAAAUCGUCGGCCAGCAGCACCGGCAGCGGCCCAGUGACAGCAACAGCAACUGCAUCCGCUUCGGCGUCGGCGGGCGCCUCGACCAGUGCGUCGGCCUCGCUUUUGACAGCGGCCACGCCCAUAGCGCUGCUGGAGGAGCUGCUCAUACAGUUCUACGAGGAUCAGGAUCAGUGCCGCAGCAAGUUGACUGUUAUACGGCGCCGGCUGGCCUGCAACGACAAUUUGAAUACACUCAAUAAUAAUAACAACAACAACAACAUAAACAAUAACAGCAACAACACAACGACAGCAGCAACUGUUGCCAGCGACAUUGCUGUUGUCUUGCCCACCAGCAGCAGCAGCGGCGGCAACAUGUGCACUGGCAGCGGAUCUAGUCAGCCGCAGCAGCAGCAGCAACUGCAGACGCGCGCCUAUUUGCAGCCCUCGCUCGACGGCGACCAUCCGUCGCGUCGUCGUCGCGCCAGCGACUGCUCAGCGGCCGCUCUGACGAAUCAGCUGCACUGCAUCACGCUGAAGAACAACAACUGCACAGCCGUCGCGGCGGCCAGUGCGGCUGGGAAGCUGCCCUUCCAUCGGGGCAGCUGCGGCGCUGCCGGGGAGCAUCUGCUGGCAGCGAACUCGAUCGCCAAUCGCGCCACCAUCAUAUUGAGCAAGUCCUGCAGCAAUGUCGACGGCGACGUCAGCCUGACGGCCAACGUGGCCAACAACAAGCUGCGGGCCAGCGCCACCGACAUCGAGACAAAUUCAAACGCCCUCAAUGGGGGGCGGAUCGAUGCCAUGCAGCAGGCCAUUGCCGAUGCCACCUCGAACAACGGCAACAAUGAGUACAGCAUACUCCAGCUGAACAACACGAUCAUCCAGUGUCACUUCAACGACGACGACUUUCGCGCCCUGGUCAAGGAUCUCAAGCGCAAGGUUGAGUACACGGAGCGCAUGAAUUGGCUAUGUAAGUAGUGCUCUAACUAUUCUCCUUACU